CCACCUUCUAAAACAAGAUACGCAUAUUUAGCCUACAUCUCAACUAUGGACAAGCACCCAGGCUCCAACACGAUCAACCCCGCAUCCUACCAUGGGAAUCCCGCCGCACGGAGGUCGGACCGAGGAGGUGACGGUCCGUGUGUGCACAGCCUGGGCUCAGAGGCAGGCACCGCAGGCAGCCGUGGUGGGGUGUCCGGAGACAGCGGCUCUACUCCGCAUCAAACCCACAAGCGGCGCCUGGAGGGGGUCCUCAAUAAAUACACCAACCUGCUACAGGGAUGGCAGAACAGGUAUUUUGUGUUGGACCCAGACAUAGGUCAGCUGCAGUACUUUGUGAAUGAGCCCAGUAAGAAUCAGAAGCCUCGGGGAUCUCUGCCCCUCGUAGGGGCCUCUGUGGCCCUCAGCGAUGAACUACCACACAUGUUCACUGUCCACUCUGCCACUGGAGAGGCCUACAAACUCAGAGCUUCGGACGUGGGGGAACAGCAGCUGUGGAUGAGUCAGAUGCAGCUCUGUGCCCGGCGCCACUCUGACUCCAGUGCCAAGGGCCGGACACGCAGCUUCUCCCUGCUCCCUCCUCCACUCAGCCACCACCACCCUGCUCCGCCCGUCGCCUCCUCCUUCACCUCCAACACCUCCUCCUCACCUGGUACCCAGAGAAAGCCUCUCUACCCUGGGGUUGGAGGGGUCGUCACCAUCACCCAUCACAGAUCCCCUGCUGCGGCCCGCCGGGCCAGGACCCAGAUCAACCAGCACUACCACCCUGAUCCAGGGAGGCUGAGCCAGGUCAAAGAGGUGAUGGCCCAGGCAGAGGGCCAACAGAAGAACCUGGUUAACUCCAUAGAGUCCCUGCCUUCCCGUGGUCCUCUGUCCUCCUUAGACCAGGACCUUCUCCUCCUCAAGGCCACGUCAGCAGCUACCCUCUCCUGUCUGGGGGAGUGUCUCCACAUGCUGCAGCACAAUGUCAGCCAGGCCGCGCAGCAUGUCACCCUGGGUCGGUCAGACAGCCAGGACCGGAGGCACAGUCCCAUCCACAAACAGACGUCCAGCCAGAGUAACAGCAACAUCUCCAGUCAGACUCACAACCACAACCAGUUCAGGAAGCAGAUGAGCCUGGAUCCCAACCAUGUUCCCACCGCACCAUCAGACAGCUUUGCAGGAUGGCCCAGAUCUCUCUCAGAGAAGCAGGUGACCAAUAGAGGAGGGACACCUCUUCCACAUGUUCCCUCUCCAGUCCACAUCAACAAGGAGGUGCUCAUCAACUCUGUGACCCAGAGCAAGGGACCACCGGUUGCAUGUCAACCCAGCAACGUGAGUCUGCCUCAGGCCCCCCCCACCCCAGAGUCUAUAGACCCCAGUGAAGAGAUGACAGACACAGAGGACAAUGAUGAAGAGGACCUGGGAGUCAGAGAGGACCAAAGGAACAUUAUCCUUCACCUACUGUCACAGCUCAAACUGGGCAUGGACCUCACACGGGUGGUACUCCCUACCUUUAUCCUGGAGAAGCGUUCCCUCCUAGAGAUGUACGCUAACUUCAUGGCUCACCCAGACAUGUUCCUGGCCAUCACCACGGGAACCACCCCAGAGGAGCGCAUCGUCCGAUUCGUGGAAUACUACCUGACCGCCUUCCACGAGGGGCGUAAGGGUGCCGUGGCCAAGAAGCCCUAUAACCCCGUCCUGGGAGAGAGCUUCAGGUGUUCCUGGGACGUCCCCCGAGAGAGAGUCCACCCGCUGAGGACCACGAGCUCCGUCCCUAACACUACACCCACUUCAAACCCCGGCCCUCAGCCCGCCUCUUCCUCUAGAGGCUCUUCCGCUAACUCCGCCUCUUCCUGUAGAGGCUCUUCCCCUAACCCCGCCUCCUCCUCUAGAGGCUCUUCCACUAACCCCGCCUCUUCCUCUAGAGGCUCUUCCGCUAACCCCGCCUCUUCCUCUAGAGGCUCUUCGCCUAACCCCGCCUCUUCCUCUAGACGCUCUUCCGCUAACCCCACCUCUUCCUCUAGAGACUCUUCCCCUAACCCCGCCUCUUCCUCUAGAGCCUCCCGCCGGACAGGGACGGAGAGCGGGGGUGCUCAGACAGAGGACUGUUACCGGGUAAGGUUCGUGGCGGAGCAGGUGUCACACCACCCACCUGUCACUGGGUUCUACUGCGAGUGUAAAGAGAGGAACAUGUGCGUCAACACCCACGUCUGGACCCGGAGCAAGUUCAUGGGCAUGUCCAUCGGAGUGUCUAUGGUCGGGGAAGGUGAGCCUUACUGCACAGUACUGGAUCUAGUUAGGACUAGUUUGUUACUACUGUUACUAGGGGUUACAGUGAACAGCACCUACUGAGAGCCGGCUAUACAGUAGUUAUGACUAGGGGUUACAGUGUACAGCACCUACUGAGAGCCGGCUAUACAGUAGUUAUGACUAGGGGUUACAGUGUACAGCACCUACUGAGAGCCAGCUAUACAGUAGUUAUGACUAGGGGUUACAGUGUACAGCACCUACUGAGAGCCAGCUUUACAGUAGUUAUGACUAGGGGUUACAGUGAACAGCACCUACUGAGAGCCAGCUAUACAGUAGCUAUGACUACAGCUGUAGGUAUCUCUCAGUUAAAAUAGUGUUUUUCUAUGUUGCCGUUGGCGAUCCGUCAUACACUGUACAGUAAUAACACCGAUGACAGGUUCAGACUGUUACAAUAGUGUUUAUUAUGUUGCCGUUGGUGAUAAAUACUGUACAGUAAUAACAACGAUGACAGGUUCAGACUGUUACAAUAGUGUUUAUUAUGUUGCCGUUGGCGAUCCGUCAUACAGUAUUAACAUCGAUGACAGGUUCAGACAGUCUAGGGUUGAUAAGAGGUGACUGACAGAAAGCUUGUCGUCUCUCUGUUUUAAAGUCCCUUAAUCACAUUCCAGAGUUUAAUUAGCUGAGUUUAAUGGAGUUUUAGGCUUUACUAUCUUGAUUUAAUCCAAAGUAACGGUGUUAAGAUUGAAAGUGGCAUAUAAUUGUCUGACUGGCAGCGUCCCGUCGAGCGGGCUUAGUGAGGCAUGGGAAUACUGUAGUGAGUUGUACCACUGGAGACUGGAGACUGGAGACUGGAGACUGUGUGUAGAGGAAUACUGUAGUGAGUUGUACCACUGGAGACUGUGUGUAGAGGAAUACUGUAGUGAGUUGUACCACUGGAGACUGGAGACUGUG